GCAAUCAAUCUUUGCAUAAAUCAGCUUCUACAAAAUCAUCCUAACAUUUCAAUUUCACACCAUAAUAAAAUGUCACACCACCACCACCACCACCACCACCUCUUCCUCUUCCUCCACCUCCUCGUCUCCCUCAUCCCCGUAUUCUCCGAUCUCGCCGCAGACCGCUCCGCCCUCCUCCGCCUACAAGAGGCCGUCGGCGGCCAAACCCUCCGCUGGAACACCACCGCCGGCUCCUCCCCUUGCAAUUCGUGGCGGGGCGUCGUAUGCAACGCCACAACCAACCGCGUCGUCGAGCUCCGCCUCCCAGGCAGCGGCCUCAGAGGCACCCUCCCGCCGAAUUCCGUCGGAAACCUCACCGAACUCCGGGUGCUCAGCCUCCGCAACAACGCCCUCUCCGGCCAACUCCCUUCCGAUUUAGCGUCGUGCACUUACCUCGAGGAUAUCCACCUGUCAGGGAACAGCUUCUCCGGCGAGAUCCCGGAUACCUUUUUCACGUUAACGAAUCUCCUGCGUGUGAAUUUCGCCGGAAACAGAUUCUCCGGAAAUCUAUCCACCAAUUUCAACAACCUCAUUAAUUUGAGGACUUUGUAUCUGGAAAGCAACCAGUUGACCGGACCAAUUCCUGAUUGGAAUAACCUAACCAACCUCAGAAAUUUCAACGUUUCCUUCAACAUCGAUGUAACCGGAUCAAUUCCGUCCACAUUAGCCAAUUUUUCCGAUCAAUCCUUUUUAGGAACCUCUCUGUGUGGCAGACCUCUUCCUUCUUGCUCAAGUAAUGGUGGAAACAACCUUUCCGACGGCGCAAUAGCCGGAAUCGCAAUAGGAUCAUUCGCUGCAUUGCUUAUAAUUCUCUGUGUUGCCUUCGUUUUGUGGAAAACAUACAGAAGCAGAAAAGUGUUACCGCACAGAUCUCCGGCCCCGCGUUCCCCCGCCGGCGACAUUAGGACUCCAGAUACAGAGCAAUACAACUGGCGCAACAAUGAAUAUUUGGAGACGAAGAAGGAGAGCGAUGGAUUGGUGUUUUUGGGGAAAGAGGAUGCGGUUUUCAGUUUGCAGGAGCUGCUGAGCGCCUCCGCGGAGGUGAUGGGGAAAGGGACGAUCGGAUCAACGUAUAAGGCGUAUUUUGAGAGCGGAAUUCAAGUGGUUGUAAAGAGGUUGAAGAAUGUCUCUGUUCCCGAGGCCGAGUUCAGAGUCAAAAUCGAGGAAGUCGGAUCGCUUCUUCACCGGAAUCUCGAGCCUCUCCGUGGCUACUUCUACGGUACGGAGGAGAAGCUCCUUGUCUACCGCCCCAUGCCCAAAGGCAGCCUCGCCGCCGCUCUCCACUCUUAUGGAAUGAGUAACCAGUCACUAUCGCUGGAAACGAGGUGCAGGAUCGCGGUGGGGGUGGCAUCAGGGAUCGAGUAUCUCCACUCGGUGGGGUCCGGGACCGUGCACGGCAACAUCAGGUCGUCGAACGUGUUCAUCACGGAGGACUACGAGGCGCGCGUGUCGGAGUACGGGCUGGCGCGGCUGGUUGCGUCGAGCUCGAGCCUGAACGGGUACAGGGCGCCGGAGGUGCUGGACACGCGCGUGGGUUCGCAGAAGGCGGACGUGUACGGGCUGGGGGUGCUGCUGCUGGAGCUGCUGACGGGGAGGGAGCCCGACGGGAUUCUGACGGAGGAAGGCGUGGCGCUGCCUGAUUGGGUGCAGACGGUGGUGGAGGACAAGGGGACGGCUGCGGUGAUCGAUCCGAGUCUGAUUGGGCGCGAGGAGUCGGAGGAUCAGGUGGUUGAGCUAUUGCUCGUGGCGCUUUCGUGCACGUCGCGGCAGCCUAGUGGUAGGCCAUCGGCGGCGGAUGUUGUGCGGCGGCUGCGGAAAAUUUGUGAUUGAAGAAGACGUCGUGUAUUGGUAUUUGGUUUGGAGAAGCUUUGCAGAAGAUGAUCUCUCGUUUCCUUCUUCAUUAGCUGUGCAGAAGAUGAUCUCUCGCUUACUUCUUCAUUAAUUCAUGUAUGUAUGUGAAUGUGUGUGUGUGUGUGUCUGAGAGACAGCAAAAGCGAUGCCGAAAUUGAGAUAUUUUUUCAGUGAAGUGACCAAACAGUACAAAAAUAAAGAAUAAAGAUUGUCACAGUGAAUUUUUUUUGGGUCUUGAAACACUGUAGGAUGAUUCAAGACUCAAAUUUUCUACAACAAAAUAUUUUCUUGUUAGGGAA